AUCAAAAACCAUGGUCCAAAACCUCCACAUACUUAGUUUUUUGUUCUCAGAAAACCCAUUUAGAUUCAGUGAAACACAGGUGACACAGUUAUAGUGAAAGAUGUUCAGUGGCAAAGGCGAGACAGUGCUGGAGAUGAAGCAAGAUGACAAGUUCUUCAGCAGGCUUCUCUCAAAGGAAAAUUCACUGUCGAAACCCUCUUUCAGAAUGGCCGUUGCAGUUCCCUUCGUGUGGGAGUCUCAACCCGGCACACCCAAGUACACUUUCUCCCAAAACACUCUCCCUCCUCUCACUCCUCCACCUUCCUACUACGCCAACUCCACCAACAAAAACAACCCUCUCAAAAAACGCUCAAGAUCCAAACUUUUCCUCGCACUCUUCCCAAAGAUAAAUCUCAAGAAAUCACCCUCUUCAUCAUCUUCUUCUCUAUCUUCUCCAUCACCCUCUCUCUGGUCACACUCUGAUUCUUCCAAGGUUGUCCCUGUCGGGAAGCACGCUCGGAGGCGGUUCUUAAGCUUUGGUUCAUCUUUUGACCUCAGGGGAGAGGACGAAGAAGAGGGUGCCUCUUCACCCACUUCAACACUUUGCUUCGGCCUUUCUCGUUCCACAAGCACUCUGGCUAGCUUCCGUGGCUCAAGCAGGAGGUCAUGAAUUUUACUGUAAUUAAGCCUUUGAUUUCGCCAAGGUGCUGUGUUGCUCUCUGGUUACAGUUUUAUGUGUAAAUGUUUUUUUGCUGUGCUCUUCUUCUGUUCAUGCAUGUUUAAGGAGCAGCCAAUUUUUUAGGAUAGAACUGUUCUUAAGUUGUUUCUUCCAAAUAAAAGUUUUGCUUCUAAGGUGUACCAUGUUAAACUCAUAAUGCAGUUAAAAACAUGUACCCUCUCUUUGCCUUUAGAAUGCGGCGAAAAAAAAAAUUCAUAGUUUUAAGUAA